CCUCAGGCCCCAAGGCCCCAGGCUCCAAGGACCUCGCUGCACCCUGCCUCAGGCUGCCCUCCCCACACCCCCCGGGCCACAGGUCACACAGAGACCCCUCCUGGGCUGCAGUGCGUGACAGUGGUGAGGGGCCCUGGACCCCAUCUCCCCAGGAGGCACCACUGUCUAUGGCAAGCCCCACAGAAUACUCCCACCAGCAGUGUUCCCUAGAGCAAGAGCUACAGUCUGAUCUCGAGGGAGAGUUCCCAAGAGAGUCCCUGCCCUGGGAGAAAGAGCUGGCCAGCAGGGCCAGGGCCAUGUUGUUCCGGGAGAGGAACAAUGUGUUGGAAGGCAUCUGCCACCACCUGCAAAAGCAGAGCCAGCUCUCCAAGAAGGAACAGGACUCCAACGCCCAUGGUACCGACAUUGAGAAGCUUUUGAAGUCCAUGAACCUGUACCCAGAGCAGACCUCGAAGACCUUCUUCUUCCAAUUGUACGGGCUGAUCCUCUGCGAGUGCACCGACACCAGUCUGGUGAGGAAGCACCUGACCAUCCUCCUGGAGUUGUCCCAUCAGUCCUCCAGCCAGCGGGAGGGCAUGGCGAUUGCUGUGGGCCGGACAUCCACCUCUCACCUGGAGGAGGUGUGGGAGGUGCUGGAGCACCUGGGCCGCACCAGGUUCCUGAGGUCAGCUCUCACGUCCCCAGACAGGCAGCUAGACCAGGACCUGCACUGGAAAUGGGUGAGCAGCACCUCCCUGCUGUGCUACGGGCAGAUGGCCGCGCACGCCAGGGAGCACAUCCUGCCCUGGGUGGACAACAUCACCUCCAGGAUGGUGUACUACUUCUCGUGCAGCCACUACGACAACGUCCUAAAAGUGAGCUUCCUGUCCUCAGCCAUCAUGCUCACCAAAGCUCUCGGGCAGGAGCACAGCGUCCAGAGCUACAAGUUCUCCCAGAUCCCAGAGCUCAUCCAGUGUCUCCUGUGCAUCCUGCAGAAGGAGCCCAACUUCCUGGCCACGUCCUUCCGGAAGAAUAUCAUACUGGUUAUUGCGGGACUGAGCAAGCUGAGGCCCCAUCUCAAACCCGUGGUCAAAUCCAAGAUCCUGGAGGUCUGCCUCAAGAGCCUGUACAUGCUUCCACCCGUGGAGAGGCUGAAGACCCCCUUGCCUCUGGGGGAGCCAGUCCUGGAUAUCAUGAUGCUGUACAAGAAGACCAUGCAUGCCCUGGACAUGCUCCUCCAAAACUUCAUCUCCGAGAACAAGAGCAUGGACGAGAUCUACUUCCUCCUGCAGCACACAGAGCCCUGGUUGAACUCGGAAAAGAGCCACGAGCGCAUGCGGGUGGUGGAGUCUAUCUUCCUGCUCCUGCGGUUCGUGGUAGAGUCCCUGAAGUUCACCGAGGAGGCCGCACCCUCCAUGCUGGGCCACCAGAUAGGGCUGCUGCUGCUGCUGUGCAGGGACAAGGACGAGGACAUCCGGAACCACUCGCAACAGUGCAUCUACUUCCUCCUGCAGCUUCUGGUGCAGCAGAAGGGGAGGACUGCGGACCCCAAGCAUGUGCACAGGAUAAAGCAACUUCAAGGGAGCAUCUCCAAGGAAUGGGAGGUGAAGCUCUGCGACGUGAUGAAGGCCUUCGAGGAGAACCUGACAGUGGCCCAGCACACGCAGCUGGUCCUUACGCUCCUGCACAACCUCCAGGGCCACGACCAGCUGCGCUGCAACCUGGCCUCCCAUCUCCUUCUGCUGGCCUUCCUGGAUCCGGGCAUCAAAGCUGAGCAGGUGGCUGAGAUCCUGCAAGGCCUGUUCCAGGAGCUGCCUGGUAUUGUCUUCAAGGACGUGCAGGAGACCAUGAUGAAGGCCACAGCAGCACUGGGAGCCCAGCACUCCCAGGAGACGGUCGAGGUGGUCCUGUCCCUGUGCCACCCCUCAGAGAGGCUAACCCUCCCGCUGUGGAAGGCCCUAGCCGCCAACGGGGAGCUGGCCCGCCAGGUCAUCACCCUGCUCUACACGAAGAUGAAGCUGCGGCCCCCUGAGCAGUUCAUCAGGCCCACCCAGCAGGCCCAGCUCAUCUCCCUGGUGGCCCUGGGCACCAUGUAUGAACUCCUCUACACCCAGGAGUACAAGCCUGCAGUCUACUGGGCCUUUGCAGGGAUCCUUCUGGGCCUACUCACCCAGCUACGCUACCUGUUAGAGCUGGGCAUGGUUGAGGGCAUCUCAGACUACCAGGACGACACCCUGGAUGCGAAUCCCCUCAGCCCCAGCAGGAUGUGCCUGGAAGCCCUGAAGGGCCUCUUCUGGACCACCGACAACUGGGAGGUGUUCGCCCACCUCAAGCUACUGAAGGGCUGGGAGCUCUUUGAGCACCUGGAAACCUACACAGAGGGGGUGACCCUCUUGGCCAGGGCCAUAGCCCACUAUGGCUGUGAGAUCAAGGCUGUUUUGGGGCAGGCAGCCAUCUCCCUGAAGAGCACUGAGGAACGGGACAACAUUGUGGCCAUCCUCAUCAUCACAGAGUUUCUCAACAGCCCACAUAUCUCCCAGUUUGCAACUCGGAGAACCAUGAAUAACUUCCUGAACCUGGGCCUGAAAAAUCCCAACCAGCUGGUGCAGGCCUUGAGCCUGAAGGGCUUCAGCAGUACCCUGAUGCAACCUGAGAAGGAGGUCCUGCUCCAGAACCGGCUGCUGGAGCUGCUAGGCAGUUUCCUGAAGCCCAACCCCGAGGACCCCGUGGGUCUGAUGUGGGUCCUGGGCGACAUCCUGCACCACCUGAGCGUCCAGGGCGUUGGCGCCCUCAGCCUCAAGAUCGCACAGCACCUGCUGAUCUUGUUCGAGGAUGAGAGGGCAGAGGUACGUGGAGGAGCCAUCUUCCUGUUUGGAGAUGUCAUGUACAGUGGAGGCAAGAAGUUUCAGCAGCAGCUUGAGAUGCUCGCCUUCCAGGCCCUGGUGCCACUGCUCUUCCACCUGGUCGACCCCUGCCCCGACGUGAUCACGAAGACCAAGUUCACCUUCCUGCGCUGUGCCAUCUUGCUGAGGUGGGAGUUCCAGAAGGAGCUGUUUGGCAAGUUGGCAUGGGGCCAUGGUCUGAGCGCAGAGAACGACAUCUUCAUCUUCACAGUGGAGAGCAACUUUGGCAAGUACCACCAGCUCUUCAUGCAGGCCUUAACUUACCUGGACAGCCCCUACAGCACCCUGAAGCUGGCAGCUAUGAAGUUCAUUGGGGCGAUGCUGCAGGAAUACUUCAUUGACCUCUGCUUCAGCCUGAGGAAGGAGGACAUGAUGAUCUUCAGGAGAUACUUUGAGGCCCUCAAACAUGACCUGGACCCCAGAUGCCGCAAGUUCUACCUGAGCUUCUUGGAUGACAUCAGAGAACUGUCCAAAAGCGUGGCCUGAGCUGCAGGGCUUGGUGACCCACUUAGCUAGUCCUCGUUGUUGUGUUGUCGUUGUUUUCUGUCUUUAUUAAAUGCUAACAGAGUUUG